CUAACAGUUACAUAAAUGGAUUUCAGUCUGGUCCCACUGUCCAAAACUUGGGAAAUGAUGAGACUGUAUGCACAUUGACGUGAUAUAAGUAGCAGGGUGCCAUACAUGCUGAGUUGAUCGCUUGUCUGGACGUAAGAUCGACCCCGUAUCUGAAUAAGCUACAGAGGCAAUAAUGUCGCCGGAAUGGGCUCGUAUUUUCGGUGCCGUGGCACUGCCUUACGUUGGAGGAUUCUUGGGAGCGAGGAUAACGGGGAAUAAGGACUCGGCAAACAUGAAGUGGUAUAAAGAACUGAAGAAAGUUCCUUGGAAUCCCCCGAGUUGGGUGUUCGGUCCCGUGUGGACCUACCUGUACGGCACAAUGGGAUACGCUUCAUAUCUAGUAUGGAGAGAUGGCGGUGGAUUUGAGGGAGCUGUGGUUCCGCUAGGAAUGUAUGGUGCAUCUCUGGCUCUCAACUGGUUGUGGACACCGCUUUUCUUCAAGUAUCAUCUCAAAGGCUGGGCAACCAUAGAGAUCCUGAUGUACCUGGGAGUAACCGGAGCAACAGCGUACCUGUUCUGGCCAGUCAAUCAGACUGCAAGCAAGCUUCUCUUCCCUCUACUUGGCUGGAUUAGUCUGGCUUCCACUCUGACCAUUGGUGUCUUGGUCAAAAACAAGGAUAAGCAAUCCUAACAAAGUCACUCAUUUUUUAAUAACUCAGUGAAUCACUAUCGUUUCGGUUUGCGGUAACACCAUGUGGUAAUAACUACUGCU